AUGCCCUUCUUUGAUUUCUUGCGGCGCGGCGACCAGCCUGCCGACGGGUGCCGCCAGCGACGGGGAGAGUCAGUCCGGGCUGGUCGUUCAAGAUGUGCGUCAUCGGUCUCAGUAGGGAAGGAUGAUUCGCCUGCAGUUGCCCGCUGUUCAGAAAAGAGCACCGGAUUCUUGGGUGUUCCAGGCCUGGGCUUCUUUGGCGGCUCGAAGGAGUCGCAACCAGCUUCCAGCGACGCUCCGGCCGCUGUGGACAGAAAAGAAAAGGCUCGUUUAGAUGCUCUGGCAAGAGAAAAUGAGCAGACACCAGAGCCUCCAAAGAAGCCGCAACUCACGCAGCCGAUACCCUUUGAGCAUUUUUCUCGAGAAUGGAUGAACAUCUCCGGUCAAGACACUUUUGAUGGAUUCCGUUUGGAAGGUGCAAAACAGGUAAAUAAGUACCUCCAAACGUGCCACAGCUUCUGCCUUGGGACCCAGCUACGUGAGUGUGGGUACUCGUAUCAGUUUGGCCCAACGGUGGCAAUCUCGCCCCCCCCAGAUCCAAGCCAGGGCGAGAACGCCCAGCCACCGCCGCCGCAUUUUUUUGCAAUGGCAAAGCUUGGCACAGAUGGAUCGCUUCAAGGCAGAGUUAUAAAGACUCUCUGCCAGAGUGCAGACCUCAAAUUGAACUUCAACUCGUCUCUCAAAGACGAGCAACGGAAUUUUUAUGAAAUCUCCCUCGAUAAUACAGGCCGGGACUGGGCCUCGUCUUUGAAGGUCGCCUGGCAGUCCUGUUGGAUUUUGGACGGAAUGUUUUCUCAAGUACUGACUCCAAGGCUGCAGGCCGGCUGCGAAAUAACUUACGGUGCCAAUGGUGCCUCGAUGUUGGCUGUGGGGGGCCGUUACAACCUUGACAAACAGUCGGUUGUCUCAUGUCAACUGAGUCAACAGCCAGAUUUCAAGUCUCCUGCGGGUCUUACAAAGCUUACGCACACCUGCAAAGUGCAGUAUGCCAGAAAGGUUACGGACAGGCUCUCCAUGGCGUCGGAGUUCGAAUAUAGCCACCCAGAAACUGAGUCGGCGUUGAGAGUGGGUUGGGAGUACCUCUUCCGCCAGGCUCGAGUACAGGGGCUCAUAGACAGUUGCGGGCGAAUAUCUGUUUUUGCACAAGACUACAACGGAUUUGGCGUUAGUGGGUUGAUAGACUAUUGGAGGGGCACCUACAAGUUCGGGUUCCUCAUGCACGUCGUACCCCCUCCUGACGCUUCGCCGUCGCAGCCACAAAACUAA